AUGGCCCCGAAUCAUUUGCAUCCGGAGCCCUUUGGUCCAGGGGGCCAGGUCGGAAGGGCCGUCGCCGGCAGUCGGCGCCCCCAGCGGGGUGACUUGGCUCCUGGGUCAGCGGGGCUGGCGCCUGGCCAGAAAGUCGCCCUGAGUUGGAGGGGGCCGUGGGGGGUGGGCGCUGGGCUUCAGAAUCUGGGGAACACCUGCUACGUGAACGCGGCGCUGCAGUGUCUGAGCCACACGCCGCCCCUGGCCAGCUGGCUGGUGUCCCGGCAGCACGCCACCCUCUGUCCGGCCGGCAGCUCCUGCACGCUCUGUGCCAUGCGAGCUCACGUGACCCGAGCCCUCCUUCACGCGGGAGAGGUGAUCCGGCCCCGCAAGGACCUGCUGGCGGGCUUCCACAGACACCAGCAGGAAGAUGCCCACGAGUUUCUGAUGUUCACUCUGAAUGGCAUGCAGCAAGGGUGCCUGAGUGCAUCCCAGCCGUCGGGCCACGCCUCCGAGGACACCAGCGUCGUCCGUCAGAUCUUCGGCGGGACGUGGAGGUCUCGGAUCCAGUGUCUCCACUGCCUCGGUGUCUCGGACACGUUCGACCCUCAUCUGGACGUCAGCCUGGAUAUCACGGCGGCUCAGAGUGUGGAGCAAGCUCUGAGAGAGCUGGUCAAGCCCGAGAAGCUGGAGGCGGAAAAUGCCUAUGACUGUGGCGUUUGUCUCCGGAAGGUGCCUGCCACCAAGAGGUUGACUUUGCACAGCACGUCCCAGGUCCUGGUGCUGGUGCUGAAGCGGUUCACACAGCUGAGCGGGGCCAAAAGGGCUCAGGAGGUGCGCUAUCCCCAGCGCCUGGACGUGCAGCCCUACACGUCUGAGGGGAAGGCAGGGCCACUGGGCUACGUGCUCUAUGCCGUGCUGGUGCACUCCGGGUGGAGCUGUGAGCGAGGACACUACUUUUGUUACGUCCGAGCCGGCAACGGCCAAUGGUAUAAGAUGGACGAUGCCAAGGUGACCGCCUGUGACGAGACUGCUGCCCUGAGCCAGAGCGCCUACGUCCUGUUCUACGCCCGGGAGGACCCCGGGCAGCCUGCAGGAGACGCCAGCGGCAGAGCUCCUGGGUCGCAGGAGUCCCCGGGGGACACAGAGGCCGAAGGGAUGAGCUUAGAGCAGUGGAGACGCCUGCAAGAACACAACCGACCGAAGCCGGCCUUGGAGCUGCGCAAGAUCCAGGCUGCCCUGCCUGCCGGCGCAGUCGUGAUUCACCGGUCCAGACCCGGAGGAGGGAGAAACCGCCCGCCGCCCGCACAGGAGCACCACCGGCUCGACCGGCCCAGCACGGACACCCCGCCUCCGGGGCCGACGGACGUCGGCCACGGCCCUUGUGCCAGCGGGAGGGCCAGAGCGACCAAGGGGAGGAACAAGAAGCCGCGGCCAUCUCUGGGGCUGUGGCGGUAGGCCGGCUCUGAUGCACAUGCGUGCAGACGCCCAGGCACACUCUGCGUGC